AUGGACCUUGAGGAUGUGGAAGAAAUGUCUACCGACGAACUUGCCUUAGCACAGAAUACAAGGCGGAAAUCCACUCGCCGCAGUCUGCUACCAAUCCCUGUGGUAAGUCAUUCCAACAGGAGCAGUCCGAAGGUGCUUGUUCGUCGCCGAAGUCUGGGCUGGCCGCUGCAUGGCAUCUCAGUUUCCCCGCGUCCCUCGGUCACCAUAGCCAGAAAAUCUCUUGACAUGCAGCCUGAUUUAUUUCGUGAACACCACAAAACGCCGGAUCAGCUGAACAACUUUAAGCCGGCAAAGCCAGAUUUGCCACCUCUGAACGACCAACCACCCUCCCAGGUUUCAGAGUGUCCAGUACUAGCUCGCGUCGAUCAGCCUCCCUCCAAGGUCCCAGAGAACUCGCAUUCAAGCAAUCUAGUGGACCCCUGCGUAUGCUCAGAUCAACGGACUGUGGUCGGAUCGGCUGAGGAGCUGUAUGAUCGUUACGUUGAAGAACUGAAUGAAUGGCCAAAAUUCCUGUCAGGUCUUGAGGACCUCGCCAAUCAUCAUGUAGAAGUCAAUGCAAUCUCGAAUGAGGCUAUAGACGAAAACCCUGUCCUUGCUCCUUUUUCUCGCUACCUGUACCCUGAAUCACAGGGCUCUUUGACCAGUAACCCGACCGCCCUGCAGCAGCGUAUUAGGAAGUUAUACAGAUUGUGCGUUUGCAGUUUGCUUUUGCUUAACAGAAGGAGAAAAGAGCAGCAUCUGUUCAUCUCUGGAAUCAGGUCCGACUGGGAAGAAUGGUGCAAAAGGGAACGUGUUAAACUCAUGCCCUCUACGAGGAAUACGGAUAAGUUUCCCAAGAAAGAAAUCUUCAGCCGGCUAUCUUCACUGAGCGCUUUCAAUGGUUCAGACCAGCUUUCGCCAUAA